AUGGCGACAUGCAUUGUGCAAACCAACGGAGACAAUGGUAAUGUCGUUUCAGUUAGAAAGAAACCUCGAGUUUCUUCAGUUGGCCUUGCUCAGCCAAAAACAAAAGUUACGGUUAUCCUGGGUGCUCAGUGGGGAGAUGAAGGUAAAGGAAAAGUUGUCGACAUGUUGGCCACUGAUGCCGAUAUUGUCUGCAGGUGUCAGGGAGGAAAUAAUGCAGGUCACACUGUAGUUGUAGAAGGUUCUGAAUACCAUUUCCACCUUUUACCUAGUGGAAUAAUUAAUCCUAGAUGUAAAUCUGUUAUAGGAAAUGGUGUUGUCAUUCAUUUACCAGGUUUAUUUGAGGAACUUGAAAUAAAUGAAGCUCAAGGUCUUACGGAAUGGAAAGAUCGUCUUCUUAUUUCAGACAGAGCUCAUUUAGUAUUUGAUUUUCAUCAACAGGUUGAUCAAUUACAGGAACUUGAGAAAGGUACUCAAUCAUUAGGUACCACUAAGAAAGGUAUUGGCCCUACUUAUGCAAGUAAAGCUGCCAGAAUUGGAAUUAGGAUAGGAGAUCUUGUUGGAGAUUAUGAUAAAUUUUCUGAGAAAUUCACAUCACUUGUAACUUCUCAUCAAAAAGUUUUUCCUGCACUCAAAGUGGAUGUAAAAGCAGAAUUGGAUCGUUAUAAAAUAUAUGCUGAACGUAUUAGGCCACUAGUAAAAGAAACAGUUUACUAUUUGUAUAAAUCAGUAAAAAAUGGAAAGAAAGUUUUGGUUGAAGGUGCUAAUGCAGCACUUUUAGAUAUAGACUUUGGAACGUAUCCAUACGUUACUAGUUCAAAUUGUAGUAUUGGUGGAGUUUGUACAGGCCUUGGACUUCCACCAUCUGUUAUUGGAGAAAUUAUAGCAGUAGUAAAAGCUUAUACUACUCGAGUUGGUGACGGCCCAUUUCCUACUGAAUUAUUAGAUACUACUGGAGAAAUUUUACAAAAAAGAGGUGCUGAAUUUGGUGUUACAACAAAGAGGAAAAGACGCUGCGGAUGGCUUGAUUUAGCUUUAUUAAAAUUUACAGCAAUUGUAAAUGGGUAUUCAUCAAUAUGCUUAACGAAGCUUGAUAUAUUGGAUACUUUACCAAUUAUUAAGGUUUGUGUUGGAUACCGUUUAAGUGGUAAAGAAAUCGAUCAUUUUCCCAGUAGUACAUCAGAUUUAGCAAAAGUAGAACCAAUUUAUGAAGAAUUUAACGGAUGGCAGACUAGUACUGAACACGUACGUUCUUUUGAUAAUUUACCAUCAAGCGCGCAAAAAUACGUACAAUUAUUAGAAGAAUAUUUGGAUAUUCCAGUUAAAUGGAUAGGUGUAGGUGCUGGUCGAGAAAGCAUAAUAGCUAUUUGACAUUCACCAUAUAAAGAUUGACAAUAUUAUAUUAGUUAUAACAUAUUAAGAUUAAUUGUUAAUACUUGCUCUUUAAUAUAGGGCUGAUGCACACAUAAUAUAACGAAUUGUAAACAGUUUACAAUUUAAGAUACAUAAAAUAAUUGGCAAGACUCAAGUUUUAUUUGCUAGAAUAACGUGAAAAAAUUUAAUAUUAAGAAACAUGACUUGACGCAUAUAUUAAAUAUUUGACGCCAGCCGAUU